AAAAAAAAAUGGCGCCAUGUAUUCCUGUGACUGGCUUCACGUUUAAUCUCAGCGCCAGAAGGGAUCAGAAACAAAUAUGCAGCUUGCUUCACACCUGCUUCUGUAUGAUACUUCAUUCGACGUUGUCUAGCUGGUUUAUGGGACAACAUAUAUAAACAGUUAUGGAGUCUCAGACAGGCAAAGGCAGCUCAUCUAACAGAGGCAGUUCCAGAAGACUCUCAGUGACAAAGAAAAAGAGCCAGAAGGUCAGUGCAAUCAAAGAGAGAACAAGCAAUGGAGGUGGGGUUGCUUCCAUAACUUCAUUUUUCAGGAAUACACCACCGUGUAAACUGGCAUGUCCUCUGUGUGGCAAACUUGUGCCUCGUUACAAGAUUAAUGAACAUAUAGACUCUCAAUGUCAGAAAUUUCUUGGAGAGGAUCAUGAAGAUGCACUGGCUGUCAGUGACGACAAGCAGGGGAAAAUAACCAAAACACCCUCUAAUGGUGCAUCUCGAAAUGAUGGGAAAGAGAAAAGCCCAGGAGCGAAUACGAGUCCGUAUUUUAAAAAGAACUGUGUGAUGAGGCAAGAUUCGUCUGAAACAAAUUUACAAGCUAAACCGGUUAAAACAGUUAGUCUUGGAAGUUUGUCCUCUAAACUGUCUAGAAGAGCACUUAGACUUUCAGGUGAGUCUGAGAUGGAUCAUACUCAUGUCUCUGGAAAAGAAGAGACCCAUGAUGCAGAACUGAGCAGUUCACAGAAGGAGAAUUGCAUGAAGAGUUCAACUUUUAAACCUAAAGCUAGUGGCAUGGAUAACACAUUUCCAACAGAUCCAGCGGCUUCAAACCAAACUCAAGUGAAAAACAUGGAGAAAUCUAUGGCAGCUCUUGCAGAAUCAAGCAGCAGCAGCGCUGACAUUCAGUCAGUGAAAUCUUCAUCCUCAUCCAGGGUACUAAAGCGGAAAUCAGACGAAUUGCCUAAAAAUGACACAAACACUACAGAAACCUCCAUCAUACAUAAGAAAAGUAGAUAUUUUCAAAGUAAAACUGAAAACAGACAUGAAACGAAUGUCAAGUCAGAUCAGACUGAGACCUCGUCUGAUGUUGUUCCAUUAUCAGAGAGUCAAAUCAAAAGCAAGACCACAAACAAGGACAUUGAGAGGAAGCCCGAUACCACACCAGCCAAUGAGUCCAAAGCGCUAGGCGUAGAGAAAGUCAGCGAGGGAUCAGAGCAUCAGCACACCAGGCUGGCGUAUUACCUGCAGAACUUUCGGACUGUCCUUGAGGCAGUGUUGGAGAAUGAGGAUGAUAGGAUGCUCUUCAAUGAGGAAGACUUCUCAACCAUUCACACUUUUCAGCAGCUCUCAGUACCUGGUCAGAUGCUUUAUGUCCGUCUGUUUCAAAGGAAGCUGAAAUGGCUUCAGGUCAGUAAGCUGGAAUACACAGAGAUCAGCUCAGACCUCAGACCUGUCAUUCAAGAGCUGGUCACAUGUGGCUUCUUACAAACAGAAUCUGAGCUUCAUGAUAUCCAAGAAGUUUUGGAUCUGCUGCCUGCACCGGAGCUCAGAAACCUGGCCAAAACAUUUCACCUUGGCCGUGGAGGGAAUGGGACUCAGAAACAGCAGUUGGUGGAGGGGCUACUCCAGCUGGGGAAACAGCGAUCGCUCUUUGUCGGUCAAAACAACACGGCUGCAGUCAUUCUCAAGAGGGCCAAGCAGGCUGCAGGUUCCUGUGUGCGUCUGUGCCGCAGGUCACGUGCCGUGUUCUCCCGCAUCCUGCUCCUGUUCUCCCUCACAGACACUUUAGAAGAGGAGGAGAUGGCCGCUGGAGGUCAGGGGCAGCUCUACACCAUUCUGCUUGUCAAUUCUGGCCGCCUAGCUUUCCCAGAGUACACAGUAAAUCGCUCAACCAGACUAUUUGAGGACCGGGAUGACCUCAUUAGGUAUGAAACAGCGAUGCGUACACUGCAGGAAGUGAUUGCUGCAAUGCAGACAGGCAGCUGGGAGGACGCCCAUGUCCUCUAUUCUACAGCAAAGGCCACCUGGCAGGAGAUGAAAGACUCCUAUGACCGAAGUCAUCAAGAACAACUGCCAGUUUUUCUGCGGUGUUUCACUGUGGGCUGGACCUACACUCGGAUACUGUCUCGAGGAGUUGAGAUUUUACAAAGACUUCGCCGCUAUGAGAAUGCUGUGGAGGAGCUCAGGAAUCUUCUGUCCCAGUCAGUGUAUUGUGUGGACAGUAGGGGGCGCUGGUGGGACAGGCUUGCUCUCAAUUUCCAGCAACACCUUAAAAAACAUGAGCAGGCCAUUUGUGCUAUCCGGGAUGGACUGAAUGACCCUCUGGUCCGAACAGGCCACAAAUUGUCACUUCACCAGCGAGCUUCCCGAAUGAAGGAAUCUGCUAGCUUUAAAAAAUACCGUCUGCUGCUCCGAGAUCUGCCCACUGUGCACGUACAGGAUGUCACUCAUGUGACAAUUCGAGGCCAGCUCUUUCCUCAUGAGGGUGGUAUGGGCAAAUCAGUGUUCCUCAGAGCGGCCAAUGAGGAUGAAGGCUCCACAGAGGGACGAGGGACUAUGGUCAUGUGUUCUGUUGAGGACCUGGCUCUGGAACACUACAGAACACUUGGUUUUGAUCAAGGUAUUCAUGGAGAAGGCUCUACAUUUUCCACCCUUUUUGGACUCCUCAUGUGGGACAUCAUCUUUAUCGACGGGGUUCCUGAUGUCUUCCGGAACCCCUACCAGACUUGUCCUCUGGAUUUGCACACUGAUUGUUUCUAUGGUAACCGGCGGGAAGCCAUCGAGGCGCGUGCUGAGAUGUUGCGCGAGGCGUCUGCCGAGACGCUGCUGGAGCUGCUCGCUGAUGUGUGGAAUGCACAGGAGGGGAGAGUGUGUGCGCUGAUAAACUGGGAGCGCUUCUCCUCUCUUCAACAGGCACAGAGUCUAGUGGCAUGUUUGGGUGGCCACUUCCUGAGUGGUGUGGUCCUCAGAAUGGCAAAGGACUACAGGCAUUGUAGAGGAGGGCUUCCAGACCUAGUAGUCUGGAGCACGUCCAAUGAGAAGUACAAGCUGGUGGAAGUGAAGGGUCCUAAUGACCGUCUGUCCCAGAAGCAACAGAUCUGGCUGGAUGAGCUGCAUAAGCUUGGGGCUGAUGUAGAAGUUUGUCAUGUCACUGCCACUGGAGCACGAGGGGCUCAACGGGACUGAGGCUGCUGUCACACUGAGAAUGAAGACUCAUGCAUGCAUGGCUCACCAAACAGGCAGAGUUAGAAGUGUUUGAAAAACACAGGAUGGAUUUAAUGAUGGUAUUAAAAUCACUGCUUGGCACUAAUCUGGUGAUUUAAGAGAAGAGUAUUAAUAGGCACUGUAAGGGAGUUUAAAAUUAUCUAUUCUCUCAAUCCGAAUCAUAAAACUGUUAAAUUACCUCAUGGCAUUGACUGUUUUUUUUUUUUUAUUCUUGUGCUCAUUGUAAAGUUGCAAUAUAUUUUAAUGACUGAUUUUUAAAAAAAAUUGUAACAUUUCUGGAGGAAAUAAUUUAAAGACGUUAAAUAAAAACAUCAAAAUGUAAAAGUUUUUGUCUGUUUAAAUAAUUAUAAAAAUGCUUAAAUAUUUAUAGAAAACAUGAGCACAUAAUCUUGCAGCUUGCAAAAAGGGAUUCCAUUAUGUCUAUUAUGUCUACAAUUUCUAUUAUUGUGGUCAAAAAACUCUUAGAAAUACUGCAUGACCACAUUCCAAGACUGAAAUACCUUUUCAUUGCAUGUCACACAUAUCUUUCAUGUUUGACACCCAGAACAAAACUAAUAAAUCAUGCUUUACAGUUAAACCUUUAAACAUUCUCAAGUUUGCACAUCAUGCUGCUACUGUAAAGUACAUGAAUCGGAUAAGUGCAGAUAAAGGACACUUUCAAAUUUUCUUAAUGUCCAUUGCAGGCCUGAGAAUCUGAGUUAUUAGAACACUUUAUCUGUUCCUUAUUGCCCAUUAACUCUAAGAACGGUAACUAUAGAUACCUGUAAUAAUAAUUAUAUUAAUGUCCACACCGGGUGAAUUCUGAUUGACUCUCAAUGUUACUAUCGUUCAUCAGAUGAAAAAAAAAAAUU